GAAACUGUAAGUCAAUUUUACUAAGCUCAUACAAUAUCAAAUAGUGGGAUAUAAUGUGUCUAGACACAGCGAUACUGUGAUGAAGGCCAUAAAGUAUUCGGUGUUGAAAAGACUUGGGUGAGAAUCCGAAAGUGUUUUGCACAAAAUCGAAGCUCAUGAGUUAAAAGUUCGUCGUAUUGUACCAUUGAAGCAAUUUGUCAAAAACAGAGACAUAUCGAUUGUUGUGUAGGAUUUAUACGAAGGGCUCAGACAAGAGUUAUAUUUAUGAGUCCUCACUUCACAAAUGAAAUGUGCUACUUGUUAAAUAGUGAAUAAGGCUAAGAGUAUGUUUAAAAUAGCAGGACACUGAAACUGACGUUGAGUUGUACCUGUGUAUGUGCUGCAUUUGUGACUACUUUGGGCAGUUUACUAUGACAAAAUCACUGCUUGCAGUGAUGCAGUGUGCAACCUGAAGGAGAUCAAGGAAGCAACACCUUCAUUUUAAACGCUGUGUUGAAUUUCAUAAGCCUUGACGAAAUACUCAACAAAACUAGUGACUCUAGCAGUGACCUGAUUGCACUUGGCAAAUUUGUCCUACAGGCUGCUUUAGAGAACGUAUGCGCUUAUGGUGAUUUAGGUCACUUUCGUGAGGCUACUUCUCAAAAUACUUCACAUUGAUGCGUACUAUGAAUACUUUUCAUUAUGUGUCUAAUUUCGUUGUCCUUUUUUGAAAUAUCUAUGCUGAUGGCAUAAUAUAUUCUUGUUUCCAAGCUAAUUUUAAGCCCUGCAUUGUUAUUUCAAUGCUUAGCAAAUCGUAUUACAAAGCUAACUUAGUCUUGCGAUUUCAAUUAUGAACGUGGAAGUUCAAUUCAUUCUACGUUAAGCGUUAUCUCGGAGCUUAUGAUUUGGUAAUCUAAUAGUAUACAUGGUAAUGGAUUUCUCUCUCUCUAUGUAUAUCUGUAAAGGGAAAAGCAUUUGAUAUACAGCUCGUAGGAAAAAGACUCAUGCUAGAUGUUUGGAAGCUUAGUGUCGAGUUAUCUUCCAGGUGCUUGUGACGAUAUGUAUGACGAUUAAGGACUCAUAAAAAUUAUAUAUAUAUAUUAUUCGCAUAAACGUAUAGUAGCAUUGGUUAAACUGAUUAUUUUUUUAGUUAUGUCAUCCCCAUUUUAUUACGCUGCAUUUUUCUCGACGGAGUGACUUUACUUAAAUUCUGACCUUUUAAGUGUAAACCUCGAGAAGUGCAAAAUCAAUUCAACAAAUUUGCAAUGAUAGUUGAGUAAAUCGAUAAACCCUAUUCAUUAUUGUCUUCAAUACGUUAUCCAGAAUGUUUAUUACUUCUAGAUUCUUAAGAAAUAACAAGUGUAGAGUAACAUUUUUUUAAAUCUGAAGGUAAUGAGUUUUUUUUUCAUGGAAGACAAAUUUGCACUAGUAGUGUGCGCUACCAUUUUGAGAGGCUGUUUAGCAUACUUCAGGUGUCAAUAUUGGAAUAAAAGUUUCUGAAAAUAGAAAGUCUGAUACGAAACGUUGUGUAGCCUUACAAAACACUCUUAGGGAUUCCCCCAUGCAUGUGUGUACGGAAAGUGAAGCCUUUUUUUUGUGCUUUAAUAUUAUUAAUUUACCGAGUCACUCUUGUAACGUUUCCUUUCUUGGGAUCAGUAGAGAACUUGGUAUCAAUAAUGACCUUGAUGAUGAAGAUAAAUAAUUCAUAAGCAAUAGGUAUUAAAAAAGGCUCAAGGUUAAAUUUUUAGCAUUGCCAGUGCAUUUUGCCUUCAUAUUAUUAUUUAUAAAUAUAUAUGUAUGCUCUAUUUUUUAGUACUAUGAGCGAUUUUAUCAAUUGUAUUAGGACUUAUUGGUAGUACAGGAUAAUAGGCUUGUCCCCUUUACUGCAUGAUCGUCAAACCCCUUAAACCAUCCUUCUAUAAAGGGCGUGCAGGUCUUUUCAUAUAUUUGCAAUUGAAACAUUAAGCUUUUAUUCUAUUUCUUAUCGUACGUAUUAUCCAGCAAUACAAUUUCAAAGGCUUGAGGUAUCAUGCACAAGUUCUAUGCUGCUGUGAUGUCUAAAGGAGCCGCCGCUAUUUACACGUAGCAAGGGUACUUAAUAGAACACGCAUUCCUUACAAAGCCCAUAAGUUGUACUCCCUAAUAUAAUCUAUACUAGUAGGAGCAGCCUAAGAAAGCCUCUGACUUGAUGAAAUAUUGGGUUGUUGGGGUAGAUAAGCGCUAACAGUAUUCAGUCGGGGUUUCCUGCUCAGGUACUCCUCAAGAGAAGGCCCUGUCGUAUGUCCUGACAGGCAUUCAAUAUGUGUAGCGAAGUAAGCAAAAGGAAUUUUUUAUAUAAAUUUGAAGCUAUAUUUAUCAAGACUAGCAAAUCAAGUCUAUGAGGCGUAAUUUGUAUAAAAGAUGGACUAUAAACUAGCCCCAUAGGUUUUCGAUAUAUGCAUUACCGGCGCUUAGGUUCGUCAGCCAAAGGCUACUAAUCCGUGGUAUCAUGUAGAGGUGGUUGGCGUUUGCAACGACCAAAGACGUAUCUUUGACAAUUUUACAACUGCUUGAUGCAUUAUUGUGAUGAUAGCUAAUUAUUAUUGUUUAUAAACUCCAUUAUGCGUUUUAAUUGAAGUUCUUUUAGUUUUUUUUUUAAUAUAGUUUAUGAUAGAUUUUCUGUUUUUAUUUUUCUGUCGCCUGGUUUAUAACGUAUUUAUGAUAUUUUUACCGAUACAUUAUACUUGAUAGAAAAUAACGGGAAGGCUUUUUUCUCCGUUAAAUUGCUGCUUAAUAAUGUAAAGCCCUGAGUUCAUUUUUAUGUCUGCUUAGUACACAUUUUGGCCUUACUGUAUUUGAAUUUCUAUGGCUUGAUUUUAAUAAAUGUCUUUCCUAGUUUAUCACGAUAAUCGCAUACAUAACCUCACCAUCACCAAUGAAUAAAAUAUGAGAUGCGGCACAUACAUAAUUGAAUUUCAAGAUGACUAUAAAGAAUUCUAGAAAAUAUUAAAUACAAGCCAGCAGGCCAGACCACGCAUAGUUCACAUGGGCAUGUUCUCCAAAGAGACACUAUUUUUAACGCUAUCAUCUAGCACACAAUUCGUAGAGAUGGAGGAGCUUUUAAACAUUGUGUUUCCAAACGCCACAGACAUACCAGAAGCUUGAUUGAGGUAGCCUUCCAUUUCUUUGCUAUGGUUUUCUGAGGUUAGGUGGGGGUUGUUUGAGUUAUUCACACAGGUGCAGCUAAAUGUGGAGUAGGUAUAUGAGUUAUUCAGUUUUUUUUAAAAAGACGAUUGGGCUUCUAUUUCCCACACAUUGGCUCGAUGGAAUUUCCAGUUGUGGCUCGUACUCAUUCUGAGUUUCAUUUUUAAAUACCAGCGGUUUUUCAGGAAAUACAUGCUAUUUCCAAGCCUGCGUCGGAGUAGCUGUAAAGUGUCAAGAAAAGUACCUAUGGUCUAGAUCAAUGAGCAUUAGAGGGUUGGUUGGUGUUUAUAUGUGUCAGAUAAUGAGUCUUUGCACACAACUUACAACUUUUUAUUAGACAUAAAAAGUUGACUGAGCGUCUUCUACAAGACUUUAGCCUCAGGACUCCUUUUUUCCCCACAUAUGACCUUAAUACGCUCGGUGAUUCUAUUGCUUUUAAUCCCCAAAGCGUGGUGUCAGCAGUCAGAAACCUUUUUCUCUUUUCAUUCAAAUCUCUUUUUGCAUGCUGGCUCUAGAGUUCCAACUGGAAGUAUACCAUUUAUAGCGCUGACUGAGUGGAUAACUCUUCUCCAGGAUUAUGCUUUUAUAGAUUUGAGGAACAUUUUAUCGAUUAUACUUUAGCAUUACAAAAUCGGAACUCCUUAGUUGACCUGAAAAUACCCAUGUGAUGACUCAACGAAAACCUACCAGCGUGGAGGUCACUUUUUCAUCAUCUGGAUUGGAUUGAAGUCAUUUUGGGUGGUCCCAACCUAGGCAGAGGCAAAGAUGGAGAGAAUUCAACACUUGAAGAGGGCAAAGAGUGUUCCCUUAAUACGCUUAUCUAUUUCAACGUGUUUCAUUCAUUCAUUUAAUUUAGGGAAGUAACCGGCGAGGGUUGCUUUAAGUUAUUCGUCCUUUCUGACGUGCUCAUAAUAAAAUGUCAAGCCUUGACUUUCAAGUUACUCUAGAUUCGUCUGAUAGAUGAGGUGAUGACUGUUGUAUCCAGUCGUGUAGUGCUUUCGUCUAUAACCCUAGGCUUGUAUUCAUUUUCAUGGACUUUUUCAGGCAGCUGUACGUGCUUAAAAAGUAAGCUUUGGCUGUUGGACUUCACUCAUGAAUUUCACAAAUUUUCCAAAUGCUAUCAACAAGUUGCCAAAGUGCAGCAAUUAAAGUUGAUCAUUCACUUCUUUUUGAUUUCGGUUAAAAUGACAUUUUUCAACUUUUUGGCAAUACAAGGGGCUCGAAUGAACCUUCAACAUCAGUUGCUUUACUGGAUCUUUAUGAGUUUGUGCUAUAGCAGCGUUUUAGAGUUUUCCGUUCGUUAGACGAAUUGAACCAUUUCUUGUGGCUAGGCGAUUUUGAAUAUGUGAAUUGUAUCUGUUAUCGAUCAGGUGUUUUUUCAAUUUUCAAGCUAGGUCUUCUUUCCGUGAUGCAAGGGUUAUUUCUACGCAUUUAAUGAUUGCAACAGUGAGUUUGUCACUGUGCUUGUACUUGGUUUAUACGCGACGUUCCAUGUGAUCUAUUUUACAGUUUGUGCAAGUACGUGCUACUUUGCUCAUUGCAGUUUCAGAGGAAGGUUUUUUUUCUAACAGGGAAAUUAAUAGAAAGCUAUGCGGUGUGGGCAAUGGGAUGUAUAAAGACCACAAAUUCAGUUGUUGUGGAGGGGUCGAUCUUCUGUGAACUAGCCUGCACUCAGUGACAGUACUUCCUCCUCGAGUUCAUUCAUCAUACUCUCAUUAUUUUAUAUAUAUAUGGAGAAGUCAGGGGGGGAGUGAGGGGGGACACCUCUAAUUUUGUCAAAUAUGAAGAUGGAUACAGGUCCGUGGCUAAGCUUAAUGCUUAAGCAGGGGAAUUCUUUUAGUACACUCUCACGUUUCUCCCUGAAAAGUCGAGUGCUUCGUCAUCUUUCGUUGAUAAAUUUCUAAAAAUUUUCCAGGUCAGCAAAUCCGCUUCUACUGAUUCUGUCUAUGAUGUAUACUUGUCAGCUUCAUCACAAAUGGCAUAUGCUUACAGUAUUUGCAUCAAGUAAAUCAACAGUCU